GACUUUCUGGUUUUUGGGACAGACGUUAAAACAUUUUGCAACCUUUUGCUUUGACAAAUCCUCAAGAAGAAGCUGAGGAAUGGUUUUGACUUUUGAAAGAUCAUCGAUUCUCCCACAAUUUGUGUCUGCGAGGUUUGAUGAAUAGAUUAGUUAAAAUGGAAAUUUCAAGGGUGUUAAGAGAACUCUUAAAGAAAGUUUGUGCGAAGAUGAAUACACUUGAAUACUGGAGGAAGGCAGUCCUCUUAGUUUGUGUGGCUGCUUUGGGGAUUGACCCUUUAUUUCUCUUUGUCCCUGUGAUUGAUUCUCCUAGAUUCUGCUUCACUUUCGACAAGAAGCUUGGAGUAGUAGUUUCUGUCCUCCGUACCUUCAUUGAUACGCUAUAUGUGAUUCACAUCAUUUUUCAUUUCAUCACCGAGCUUAUUACUCCUCGUUCUCAAGUAUCUUUAAGAGGCGAGCUGAUCAUACAUUCUAAGGCUAUCAAGAAAAGACACUUCCUGUUUCACUUCGUUGUUGACAUUCUUUCUGUUCUCCCCAUUCCUCAGAGACCUUGUAGGUUGUGGUUCUUACUCUCAUGCAACGGUCUGACUCACUGGUGUCAAAAGAAAUACUGAAAUGGAUUAUACUUUCUCAGUAUAUACCAAGAAUCAUUCGCAUCUAUCCAAUUUUCAAAGAAGUGACAAGGGCCUCCGGUACAGUAGCAGAAACAAAGUGGAUUGGAGCUGCUUUCAACCUUUUCCUCUACAUGCUCCACAGUUAUGUGUUUGGGGCAUUCUGGUACUUGAGUGCGAUAGAAAAGAAAAACAAAUGUUGGCGCGAAGCGUGUGCUAAGAUAUCCGGAUGCAACAUAACGAAUCAGUAUUGUGGUCGAGGUGGCGGAGAAGGAAACGGUCGUUAUCUGAAAACGUCAUGCCCGUUAAUUGAUCCUGAUCAAAUCACAAGCUCCACAGUCUUCAACUUUGGUAUGUACAUUGAUGCAUUGAAGUCAGGGAUCGUAGAGGUAAAGCCAAGGGACUUUCCGAGGAAGUUCUUCUACUGCUUUUGGUGGGGUCUCAGACAUAUUAGUGCUUUAGGCCAAAAUCUGAAGACAAGCAACUCUGUAGGGGAUAUCAUUUUCGCUAUCAUCAUAUGCGUCUCUGGUUUACUCUUGUUUGCUGUGCUCAUUGGAAAUGUUCAGAAGUACUUGCAAUCAACUACGAUUAGAUUAGAUGAAAUGGAGGAGAAAAAGAGAGACACAGAAAAAUGGAUGUCGACACGGAUGCUACCAGAGUAUCUCAAGGAACGCAUUAGGAGAUACGAGAAUUACAAAUGGCGAGAAACUAGAAGCAUCGAAGAAGAAGCUUUUCUCCGCAACCUUCCACAAGAUCUAAGACUCGAGACCAAACGCCAUCUCUACCUUACUCUGUUAAACAAUGUCCCUUGGCUCAACAUCAUGGAUGAUGGUUGGCUACUACAAACAUUGUGCGAUCGAGUAAAGUCUGCAUUUUACUCGGCGAAUAGCUAUAUAGUGAGAGACGGUGACCCCAUUGGGGAAAUGCUUAUUGUAACGAGAGGCAGAUUGAAAAGUAUUUCCGGAUCUAGUGAAAUAACCGGCUACUAUGAUUCAUCUUACCUCCAAGCAGGCGACAUAUUUGGAGAUCUUCUCUUUUGGGUUCUUGAUCCACAUCCUUCUUCUGGCCUCCCAACCUCAAAUAGAACAAUAUUAACUAUGACCGAUGUUGAAGGGUUCAUUCUCUUGCCUGAUGAUCUCAAGUUUGUAGCUUCCCAUUUCAAUCGUUUUCAUAGCACCAAACUCAAACAUAUGUUCAGGUUCUAUUCUGCACAUUGGCGGUCAUGGGCGGCAUGCUUUAUACAAGCAGCAUGGAGGGAACAUUUCAAAAAGAAGCUUUCGAAGAUCUUAGACACUAAAAGAGAACAUAAGCAAAUUUCACAAGGCAAGCAACUCAAUAUUGGAGCAAGUCUCUACGUGUCUAGAUUUGUGUCCAAGGCUUUGCGAAAACGACGGGAAAAUGCAGCAUAUUGUUCUAGCUCUUUGCAUAUGUUACCCCAUGUACUGCACAAGCCAGCUGAUCCUGAGUUUUCAAAGUAACCAACAUAGUUUUUAAUUUAAAGGAAAUGAGAUAGAGGAGUGAAGACUCAUCGCUCGCCACGUACCUUAUUACAAUUUAUUACCCAUGUAAGCCAUUACAACUCUCUAGUUAUUGGGCAUGAGUGACAUCACACACUUUAGUUAUGUGGUCGUGUGCAAUUUAGGUAAGAAAGAAUUGCAGAUA